GUUGCCGCAAAGCGAAAUGGAACAAGUUUACAGGAACGCUUUUCAGGAACGCUUUUCUGGACCUCAUACACCCCAAAUUCGGUUUCUACGAUCUAACACGAUAUGCUUCUGUCUCUCAUGUUGAUUUCUUGUCUCAAGAACUGUUUCCAAGCCUGUCCGAUUGUAUUCAUUCUUUCUGAAGAGGCCAUAUUACCUUCGGUACCAGAUUUACGAACGAUACUCUCAGAGAUACCGUGCCGAAUCAGAUAUAAAUGGCCAGGGACGACAGUCUUCUAUGAAAGCGAGAGAAAGGCGAAUGCAGGGAUGAGCAUAAAUCGCAAUAUGGUGUAUAUGGGCGAGGUGAUCUAAAUUCGGAAGAGCCUACCUGACUAUAUGCUUACCGACAAAUAUAAAAGAUGCCUAAUAGGACAGUGUAGGCAAGGUUGGAAUUCGACACAUGGAUAUCCUAGGGGUGGCAGAUUUCCAUAGACUUGACGGUGCUGUUCCAGGAUAGCAGAAAGAAACCACUGAAAUAUAUUCGUAUAGCAGUCGA